UGAGGACGCAGCCAAUCAGCUGUUGACGUCGAUGCUACGGAAGUAGCCACUAGCAUUGUUUACAGAGCAUGUCCAUGGAGCUAAAGUGAGGCCAAGUUGCCACAGGGCUAACCAAACCUAAAGUAUGUUGAAGUGAGAUAAAACACCGAAAGGCAGCUAUGCGUGACCUCGACUAGAAGCUGCCAGGUGAGACAUGGAUUUCCUCACGCUGUUUGCUAUCUACGUCGUGGUGGUGCUGACAUGUAUAGUCCUAGUCUGCAAAUACUCCGGCCGGCAGCAAACACCCUUUAGCAUCAUCUCCAACUCUAUAGUUAAGGUAGUUGCACCAUUUACACCAAAAUGGCUCCAAAGGUUUUCACAGUGGACCAUGCACAGGCUGUUUCAUCAAAGGAACAACAUGUUCAUCUAUCUGCAUAUCCUCCUCGAGGUCGCUGUGUACGCAGAGUUCACCUACGAGGUGUUCGCUUUCUGCAGGGAGAUGGACACAACCCUGACCAGCCUGUCCGUGCCUUACAUCCUGCUGGCCAUCAAGACCUACUUCUUCUACCUCUGCAUCAAGAGAGAUCCAGGCGCAGUGACAAAGAAGAAAGUGGCUGUCCAGCUGCACGUCUAUCCAUAUGACAGGAGGCUGUUUCACCCAGGAGUCUCCUGUCCAACCUGCCAACUUGUCAAACCGGCCCGCUCCAAACACUGCAGGGUUUGCAACAGGUGCGUCCAACGGUUUGACCACCAUUGUGUCUGGGUGAACAACUGCAUCGGUGCUCAGAAUACACGCUACUUCCUGCUUUACCUCUUCUGCGUGUGCGCCAUGGCAGGAGACAUCGCCAUACUGACAGGAGACAUGCUAAUUCAUGCCGUUCUGCGAUCAGGGCUUCUGUCAGCCAGUUAUAUAGAUGAGUAUGGCCAGCAGCAGCCAGCAGGACCUCUGUUUGUUGUACAGCAUCUGUUCCUGACCUUCCCCCGAAUCGUCUUCAUGUUAGGAUUUCUGGUCUUCGUCUUCUUCCUGCUGGCGGGUUAUGCCUUAUUCCAUUCCUUUCUGGCUCUUGUCAACCAGACCUCCAAUGAGUGGUACAAAAGUCGAGGUUACGUCUGCCAGCACUGCCACCCAACUGCGACAGAAGACCAUCUCUGCAGCCCGGCACCAGACCACUCUAAAAGAUACUUCUACAGCAAAGGGCUCCUCCGAAACUUGGGCGAGAUUUUCUUCCCUCUACAACCUGUUCAGAAAAAAGACAACUGAAAAAACUGUUGCUGAUGUGUUGUUAUGCUGCAUUUACUGUACCUUCCUCCUGGGGUUUACUGUUGCUAACAUUUACUGCAGACUGACAAAAUAAUGUUUAUGUUAGCAAUUUCUUAUGGGCUCUGGUGUCUGUCUCCCACGAGGUGUCACGAAUCGAAAAGCUCUGACAACAAAUAGCUGCAAGCAUAGGACACCUUAUUUAAUCCCUGUCUAUCAUUUGCCUGCCAUCAACUAAAUGACAUGCAGUUUCUUUAGUACAUGAUCAUAGCAUUAGACUUUGCAUGUUUAGCUUCAUUGUUAUUUAAAUACAUUUGAUACAUUUCUAAAAUUCUGUGUCUGUGAAGCCAGCAGGGGGAGCUGUACACUGACGUUUAAUUGAAUUUAUUGGCAUCAUAAACACAGAUCUAUGCUAGUUGGGACAGCCCAGGAGCAAAAAUUGAAUUACACAUUAACAUUCACAUACUGUUGGGCUCAUGAGCGGGCUCUGAUAAGCAAAACAACAACAACACUGGAUGAAACACAUGAAAGAAAAUUAAACAUGACAUGCUACAGAAAAA